CAUCAUACAGUGCAAGUUGAAGUUCCUUCAAACCAUCUUCGAGUACAACUACACAAUCACUACACACAAUCUUAAAACAACAUGUCCAACAAAUCCAUGUCAGUCCAGUUCCGCUACGCAGACGGCAUGGGCUUCGGCACAGAAGAGAGCCGUGACCAAGUGACGAAAAUCAUCAAAGAGGACACCGGAUCGGAUAUCUGGCCCAGUACGCGCAAUAUCCCGCCGACGAACUUUCUCACUCUUUCGGAGAGAGCAGUCGAGCAGCUGCGGGCGGUUGAGGGCGUGGUACUUCUGCGGGCCGAGGAAUCAGAUUCUACUAAAUAGUUAGAUUCUUGGUUGAGAUGGAGGGACCAGUGGUCUGUUGUAUAUACUGAGGUGGAGGGAGUAUAACCAGUACAAGUAUUUAAAGCCCCCUCUUCUACC